GGGGCCGUCGGGCUGCGCAGAGGCAAUUCGUUACAAGUGCGCCACAGCAGCAGAUUCCUAUUGAGGCUGGUGCAAAGCGCUGAAGAGAUUGCGACGCGUGGUGACCCAGGCAGAGCAAUGGCCUCAUGGGCCAAAGUGGCUGCCACACCUCCAAUAGCCGACGAUGCAUCAUCGACUGACGACGACAGCUUGGACGCUGCCACGCCGACGACGCCGACGCAAGCUUCUGAUUCGUCGACGGACGACGAUCUCCCCGAGAUGAGAGAAGUGCCGACGCCGCAACACAUCAAGCAGGCGCUCACGAAACCAAGGGUCGUGGACGUCGUCGUCAUCGGCGCUGGCGUGAGCGGCCUGCGGGCGGCGCGGGACCUCGUCGAACGGGGCCGGUCCGUGCUGGUCGUCGAGGCGCGCGACCGGUGCGGCGGCCGCGUCCACACGGUGCGCGGGCGGGACCGCGGCGCCGCGUGGGUGCACGGUGUGGACGGCAGCCCGCUCGCCGCUUUAGCGAAGGAGGCGUCCGUCGAACUGGAGCCGGUCUCGGCGCGAGGCAACCCCUGGACGUCGCCACCUCUACUGAGCGGCGUGGCGGCGGUCUGGCGCGACGGCGCGCGCGUCUCGGACGCGCACCUGCUCACCCGCCAGCACAUGUACGGCGCCGCGCUGCGGACCUGUACAAGAGAUGUGAAUGAAGGCGACGCCUGGAAGGCGCUCGGCCCCGCGCUGCGCAAGCAAUCGCCCAUGGCCGACCCCCUGGUGCGCAUGCACUGUUCGCUGGCGGGCCUCUGGAUGGGCGCGCACGCGGACGAGCUGCAGCUGCGGGAGUUCGCGGGCGCGACCGGUUUAGUGGAUGAGAGGUGGGGCGACCACGCCGGCGCCCACUCUCAUAUUGUUGGUGGCAUGGCCUCUAUCUUAGAUCCGCUGCUCGACGGCGUCGACGUCGAACUCGGCUUCGAGGUUUCAUCGAUAGACAUCGUCGAAGACGGCGUCGAGGUGUGCUCGGGGACGGCGCGCUGCGUGCGAGGAACGGUGUGUAUCUGCACCUUACCCUUAGGCGUGCUGCAAUCAUCUCAAAUAUCUUUCUCGCCAUCUCUCACGGACGACCGCGUCGCGUGCCUCAAUCGAUUGGGAGUGGCGCGCUACACCAAGGUCUGGCUUACGUGGGAGGAGCCCUGGUGGCGCUCGGACCCGGGCCGGCCCUUCAUUAUUUGUGUGGAUGAGGGGGACACGCACAUGAGUUCAAUCAUGUGCGAGGACGUGUCCUCGCCUUCAGAGUUCGUCCUCGAGGCGUGCUUGGCCGGUAGUGACGCGGACGCUUUUGAUACUGAUCCCCAACGAGGCUUAGCGGCCGUCCUCACGCGCCUCGGCGUGGCCUUCGGCGCCGCAUACCCGGGGCCUCCUCACAAAACGGACGCGACGGCCUGGCAGGGCGACCGCUUUUCCCGAGGCGCCUACUCCUUCUGGAAGGUGGGGGCGCGGGCCACGGACGUGGCCGAGGUCGGUGAAUCGCAUUGUGAAAGGGUGCUCUUCGCGGGCGAGCACACGUCCGUCGAGUACCAGGGGAGCGUGUGCGGGGCCCUCGAAUCUGGAAGUCGCGCGGCCCGCGAGGCCGAGGCGCUUCUCGCGGCGUAGUUUUAAUUUUGUUGUGGAGUUUCCU